GGGUACUCCAGAUGUCCUGUGGUGUAAUUACAAUCCCGGUUGUACUUACGUCCCUCGGGAUGUUAACAAGCUCAUCAAUCAUCAUCAUCAUCGACAUCCCUUACGACAGGUCGGCUUCGGCCAGAGUGACCUUGGCGAUGGAGCUUCCUCUUUCAAUAGAUUAUCGCCGACGCGCAUGCAACUACGUACAUGGAAUGGAUUACCCCCGAGGGAAUUGGCAUUGCGUAUGGGGCACCGACUGACGGUGGGUGUUGCUUCGAAAGACCAACGUGUACUCGAGCAACUACUCUUAUACGAGCCACACCUCACAUUCGAU